AUGGCCAUUCAAUAUCUCAUUCUCCUAUCCCGUCAGGGCAAAGUGCGUCUUGCCAAAUGGUUCACAACACUCUCCCCCAAGGAUAAGGCCAAGAUCGUCAAGGAUGUAUCUCAGCUUGUGCUCGCUCGAAGAACGCGCAUGUGCAACUUUCUAGAAUAUAAGGAUACAAAGAUUGUCUAUCGCCGAUAUGCAUCACUCUUCUUCAUCGCCGGGUGCUCUUCCGAAGAUAACGAGCUGAUCACCCUCGAAAUUAUCCACCGAUACGUCGAGCAGAUGGACAAGUACUACGGCAACGUUUGCGAGCUCGACAUCAUCUUCUCUUUCACCAAGGCAUACUAUAUUCUCGACGAAAUUCUCCUCGCCGGCGAGCUGCAGGAAACGAGCAAAAAGAACAUUCUUCGCUGCAUCGGCCAGCAGGACUCCCUUGAAGAUAUGGAG